GCUGCCUCUUCAAUAACAUUCCAAGCUUUUCUUUUUUUUAGGGGCUACAUAAAUAACACUGCCGUCAAGAUUAACCGGGUCGUUUGGUCGUUUUUUUCACCGCUACCAUUUUUGCUCGGCUUCCUACAACAAAGCGAACAACAGGUCGGGAAAUGUGCCGUUUUUUGGUGCUCCCGGUUGUCCUGGGGUUCUUCGCCGCCCUGGUGAACUCCUUCCCCACACAGGAGCCCGAAAACGGGAAGAACUGGGUGGUGAUCGUCGCUGGCUCGUCUUCCUGGUACAAUUACAGACAUCAGGCGGACGCGUGCCAUGCCUACCAGAUUGUGCACAAGAACGGCAUCCCGGAUGAGCAGAUUGUGGUCAUGAUGAUGGACGACUUGGCACAAGCUGAAGAGAAUCCUACACCUGGCAUCUUGAUCAACAGGCCCAAUGGUAGCGACGUUUACAAAGGUGUCCUCAAGGACUACACGUCUCAAGAUGUUACUCCGGAAAACUUCCUGGCCGUACUGAAAGGUGAUGCCUCUAAAGUUAAAGGAGGCUCUGGGAAAGUCUUAAAGAGCGGUCCCAACGAUCACGUCUUUGUUUACUUCACUGACCAUGGAGCGCCUGGAAUUAUUGCCUUCCCUGAUGGAGAGUUGCAUGUCAAAGACCUCCAAGAGACCAUCCAGUACAUGCACGACAAUAAGAAGUACAAGAAGCUGGUGUUCUACAUCGAAGCCUGCGAGUCAGGGUCAAUGAUGAAAGAUCUGCCUGACGACAUUGACGUUUAUGCAACCACAGCCGCCAACUCCCACGAGUCAUCCUACGCUUGCUACUAUGACUCAGAACGUGACACCUACCUGGGAGACUGGUACAGUGUCAACUGGAUGGAAGACUCUGAUGCGGAGGACCUGUCCAAGGAAACGCUGUUGAAACAGUUCCGAAUCGUCAAGAGUCACACCAACACCAGCCACGUGCAGCAGUUUGGAAACAAAACUCUGGCCCACAUGAAGGUGGCGGCCUUCCAGGGGACGCGCAAGAGCGGAGCCGGCGCCCCCGGCCCGUUGCCUCCCGUGAGGGAACUGGACCUGACGCCGAGUCCCGAUGUUCCCCUGGCCAUCCUCAAGAGGAAGCUGAUGGCCUCCAACGACAUUGGCGUGGCCCGGAGGGUUCUCUCAGAAAUAAACACACACUUUAAGGUGAGGGAGAUGUUGGCGACGACCAUGUAUCAAAUCGCCGAGAGGGUGACGGGCGAUCGUUCCGAAGCCGAGGAGGUGGUCAACGAGAGGCGGGACCUGACGCAGCACCAAUGCUACCGGACCGCCGUGGACCACUACAAACACAACUGCUACAACUGGAACAAAGCCAAGUAUGAAUAUGCACUGAGACAUUUAUAUGCUCUGGUCAACAUGUGUGAGAGAGGCUACACCGCUGACAGCAUCCAGAUGGCCAUGGACUCGGUGUGCCACUACAGCGAAUGAACAAAACUCCUCAAAAUAUGAACGCUGCUUGGUUAUUGGUUUUUAUUAACAGUCUAUUAACAAUUUUUAUGUUUGCGUUUUUGAUUUAAGAUGAAUUGCACUUUUGAAAGGUGUCUGAAUGACCUUUUAAUGAUUGUGUGCUUUUGCUUUUAUUUGUGGAAAUGCGUUUUGCCAUCAGCUUUAUUGGUGUGACAAUGAUGAAUGUUUACUGCCGCUCCAAUAAAAUGGUGAAAUACCAAAAAUG